AUGAUGAGACAUUGGUAUCCAAGAGCAGUCGCUCAUGGCGUGGUAGCGAGUGGACAGUUGUGGCAGCCGUGUGGUUUAUUGAGGAUGACGACUAACUGUAUCAGCAGCAACCGUGAUGAAUUAGACGCCAUUUUCAAACAGAAGCGAACUCUUCGUACUCAGCUCAGAAAAACCCUCAAGGCCAUCGACCCCUCCCUCAGAUCUCAACAAGAUUACGCUAUUCAGGACAUAGUUUUGGGAGCUCCGUGGUUCAAAUCAAGUCUUAGGUUAUGCGCAUACAUAAGUUGCAGUGCUUUACGGGAAGUCGAUACUUUCAAACUAUUGUCACACAUUUUGCAACCUCAGUUUAAUGGUGGUAAAAAACUAUAUGUACCGCGGGUGGAGGAUAAAAACAGUCACAUGCGUAUGCUUAACAUAUCGCGUAUUGAUGACCUUGUUGCAAACUCAAUGGACAUCUUAGAACCAGCUCCAGUUGAUGCUGAUGGAAAUGCACGUGAAGACGUUUUGCAGGCGAAUGACCCAGUUGAUAUUUUGUUCUUACCUGGAUUGGCAUUUGAUAGAUCUGGUAGACGUUUAGGCCGUGGUGGAGGUUAUUAUGAUACCUUCCUGAAAAAUUACAAGGACGUUGCAGAAGCACGCAAUUGGAAGCAGCCCUUGCUUGUUGCACUUUCAUAUUCACAACAAAUACUAGAUGAUGGAGUAAUACCAGUUACUUCAACUGAUAUUCCAGUUGACGCCCUUGUAUCUCCAGAAGGUGUAAUUCCCAUCAGUUCCACUGCCUUCAACAUGUAUCAUUGA